GACUGGGCUCGAGUCUGGUCCUUCUGUUCAAGUCUUUCUUUCCUCCAUUAAAUUUACCCCAAAAAUUUCCUUCCUCAUCCUUCUCAGCACUUCAACACUUGGGAAAAAAAUAAUUGACAGACCAAAUUAAGAGCUGCUAAAUAUUCCCAGUUUUUCUUUCCCUUCUUCUUCAUCCAUUCUGGUCCCUCAACACUGGGCCCCACACUUCUCCAGGUCUUGGGAUUCAGGAAUUUUGGAGCUAGGGUUUCGUUUUUUCAGUUAAAAAUAGGAUUUUUUUCCAGCUCUUGUCUUUUAGGUUGAUAGUUUCCUCAGUCAGCAUGUGACGCUACCAUUAAGUUUAUUAUUGAAGAUUUUUUCAUGGAUCAUUCGCGGUCAAUUGCCGGUGCUGGUGAGGAUAAUGUAGCGAUUCCUGAUGAUCUGCGUUGCAAGAGGUCAGAUGGCAAACAAUGGAGAUGUACCGCAAUGUCCAUGCCUGAUAAAACUGUAUGUGAAAAGCACUACAUUCAGGCAAAGAAAAGGGCUGCCAAUUCUGCACUAAAAGCUAGUAUGAAGAAGAAAAGGAAACCUAUAGGUGAACGUGAUAAUUACUACGAGAGUAAGAGUGAUGAUAUGGAUGUACCCCUUGUUAAUUCCAUAGCUGGGGAUUAUUCUGGUUCAGUCUCUGGGAAGAAGUACAAAGAAAAAUUACCAAAAGCGCAGAGGAAUUAUUCACCUGAAGCACCUUCAACAAGGAGUCUUACCCUUCGGAGUUCUCUCAAGUCAAAUGAUGAAUUACAAAGGGAUGGUAUUAUGCAUGAAGACAAUCGAAGAUCAUACAACACACCACCACCUCCUACAAUCGAUUCAUCUAGAAGCAGAUCACAGAAGAUGUUUGAUUCUAGUCCAAUGACAGAAACUUCCGAAGGAAGCUCAGAAUCUUCUGAUGAUACUGGCGGGCAACCUUGCCAUCAGUGCAGAAGAAAUGAUAGAGACAGGGUGAUUUGGUGCCUUAAAUGUGAUAGGAGAGGAUAUUGUGAUAUCUGCAUUUCAACAUGGUACUCUGACAUCCCAGUGGAAGAAAUUCAGAGGGUUUGUCCAGCAUGUCGUGGUAGUUGCAGUUGCAAGGUGUGUUUACGAGGAGAUAAUUUGAUAAAGGCAAAGAUACGGGAGAUACCUAUACAAGACAAAUUGCAGUAUCUUUACUGCUUAUUAUCUGCUGUGCUUCCUGUUGUUAAUCAGAUCCAUCAUGAGCAGAGUGCUGAGGUUGAGCUGGAAAAGAGGCUACAUGGAAAUAUAGAUCUUGCCAGGACCAAAUUGCAUGCAGAUGAGCAGAUGUGCUGUAAUUUUUGCAGGAUCCCUGUAAUCGAUUACCAUAGACAUUGUCCAAAUUGCUUGUAUGAUCUUUGUCUUAGCUGCUGCAAAGACAUUAGAGAAGCAUCCAGGCUUGUUGUUGAGGUAAAGAUGGAAAAUCAGAUAGCAGGUGAAAGUAAUGACAGAGAAUGUGCAUUGGAGCAAGUUGAAUUAUCUAAUGUCCAACUAAAUUUGCUUAGAAAGUACUCUGGUUGGAGAGCUCAGAGGGAGGGCAACAUUCGAUGUCCACCACGGGAGUAUGGGGGAUGUGGUUGCUCGUCAUUAGUACUAAAGCGCAUCUUCAAGAUGAACUGGGUUGCUAAACUGGUAAAAAAUGCUGAAGAAAUGGUUGGUGGAUGUAGAGUUGAUGAUUCUGGCAGUGAGGAAAGAACGGGAUUUGAUCUCAGGCUUUUCCAGGCUGCACAUAGAGAGAAUGAUAGCGACAACUGUCUAUACCAUCCAUCAGCCCAAGAUAUCAAGACUGAAGGGAUUGGGGACUUCAGAAUCCACUGGAGUCGAGGAGAGCCUGUUAUUGUUAAGGAAGUUUGUGAUACUUCCUCAAUGACAAUUUGGGAUCCCGAGGUUCUACUGAGAGGAAUUAGAGAGACUGCAGAAGAGAAACUUAAGGAUGCAAAUAGAACUGUAAAGGCAAUUGACUGUUUUAAUUGGACUGAGGUUGAUAUUGAACUGAGUCAGUUCAUUAAAGGAUACUCAGAGGGUAGAUUUCAUGAAAAUGGUCGACCAGAAAUGUUAAAGUUGAAGGAUUGGCCGUCUCCAAGUUCUUCAGAAGAGUUUUUAAUGUACCAGAGACCUGACUUUAUAAUUAAGCUUCCCUUGCUAGAAUUUAUCCAUUCGAAGUGGGGGCUUCUAAAUGUUGCAGCAAAAUUGCCUCAUUAUUCAUUGCAGAAUGAGGUAGGCCCUAAAAUUCAGAUUUCAUAUGGAACAUGCAAAGAACUCGAUAGAGGUGAUUCUGUGGAGAAGCUUCGGCUUAAUAUGCGUGAUGUGGUCUUCCUACUGGUACAUGUAAGUGAUGCUAAACUAGAAGGCCGUGAGAGAACAAAGGUUGAGAAGGUACAGAAGACCGUUGCAGAUUCUGAGACAAGAGAACCAUCAGGUGAUCCACAAAUGAGCUUGAAUGGUGAUUCUCUGAAAUCAUUGACCAGUGGACAGGAUAGACUGGAUGAAAAUCAAGAUAUUUUAGAUCCUGAUAAUUAUGAGGCUGUCAGGGAUCAACACACUAAAGCUGCUUCUCCAACAGAAGAGGAAACAGUCAGUGGUGAGGAUCUGAAUGUAUCUAGUGAUAAUAACUGUGAAAGUUCUCAACCAGGAGCACUUUGGGAUGUUUUCCGCCGACAAGAUGUUCCAAAGCUGAUUGAGUAUUUGAAAGUUCAUAAGGAGUUUGAAACGCCUGACAGGGAUGGGUUAGAAAAUGACUUUGUGCGGCAUCCUCUUUAUGAUGGCACAAUUUUUUUGAAUAGUUAUCACAAGCAAAAACUAAAGGAGGAGAUUGGAAUAGAACCCUGGUCAUUUGAACAGCAUAUGGGGGAGGCUGUCUUCAUCCCAGCUGGUUGUCCUUUCCAAGUGAAAAAUCUUCAGUCCACAGUUCAGUUGGGUCUUGAUUUCCUUUCUCCAGAAAGUCUAAGAGAGGCCCUUAAGUUGGCUGAAGAAAUCCGUGGCCUUCCCAGUGACCAUGAUGCUAAGCUUCAAAUACUGGAGGUGGGAAAGAUAUCAUUAUAUGCUGCAAGCUGGGCCAUUAAAGAAGUUCAGAAGUUGGUUCUUGAUCCAAAACUCGGUCCUGAGCUUGGGUUUGAAGAUCCAAAUUUAACUGCAUUGGUGUCAAAAAAUUUGGAAGAGAUGGUUAAGAGGAGACAGAUCUCUUGUGUGUAAAUUAGUGUACGAUUUUAAUGUACAAGAGCAGCUAGGGAGUAAUUACUCCAAUACUUUUGUAGAUAGUUGUGUGUAUGUAGAUCUUUUUGCUCCUAAUUAUGAAGCUCCCGGCUUUUGAAGCUUCUGGUAUCCCACAGCAUAAAAAGGUACUCGAGUGCCAAAUAGUGUUGCCUACAACCUUGAAAUGUAUAAUCUUGACCGAGUCAGUUUUGGACUGGCAUAAAUAUGUAUUAGCUUUUUUGAGUGAAUAUCAUGAAUUUAAAGGCCCAAGGUGGUCUAUAUUGUUCUAGGCCUUGUAUACUAUUGUGGGAAGGGAAAAAUAUGAUAUCUAAUAUUACAAGCA